AUGGAGGAUCAUGAUCCUGACCAAAAGCGCCGCAGAGCAAUAAAUCCCUCAUACCCAUUCGUCGAUCAGGCUGAAUGGCAGCUAGCAGAAUUCAUCGUGCAGCGGCUGACCAAAACCGACAUUAACAAGUUUCUGAAACUAGACUGGUUUAAAACUAGUAGAUCCCGACCAUCCUUCAAGAGCGCAGAUCAACUAUUUGGCUGGAUUGAUGUAUUGCCAAGUGGCCCUCAGUGGCAAUCAACGACAUUCGAGUUUAUCGACUACACAACUGCGAGGCCAAUGGAACUCAUCUGGCGUGACGGUCUUGAAGUCGUUAAAGAUCUCUUUGCAAACCCGAUAUUUUCCAAUCACAUGAUGUACGAUCCCCACCUUGUUAUGACUGGCUCAGAGCGUGAAUACGGCGAAUUCUUCACUAGUGAGAGGGCUUUCACCAUUCAAAAUGACCUUCCAGAAGGCGCCACUAUAGUACCAAUCAUUCUUGCAUCUGACAAAACGCCCGUAACCAGGAUGACAGGAGGAUUAGAAAUGCACCCAAUAUUCCUUACGAUUGGCAAUAUUCAAUCCGAAGUUCGAAUGAAGGCCACCGCUCAUGCAUGGCGUUGUAUCGCAUUUAUCCCAAUUCCGAAGUUCGAUGCUCACGCAGACUAUCAAACGCUCCUCCAUGCCCGUCUCUUCCACAAAUGUAUGGACACGAUAUUCGCCAGAUGCAAAGUUGCCACAAAGAUUGGUGAAUACAUGGCAGAUCCCAUGGGUUAUAUCCGGCACUGUUUUACUCCGCUUGUCGCCUACACAGCCGACCUUCCUGAAGCACAGCUUGUUGCUUCUAAAUCGUUGAUGCUUAGUGGCGUCCAUCAACCGUUUUGGAGAGAUUGGAGGUUUGCGGAUCCUGGUUAUAUGUUGCCUGGCGAACUCCUUCACACCUGUCAUAAGUUUUUUGGUGACCAUGCUCUAAAAUGGUGCAAGGAAGUUGUUGGGGAGGAGGAACUCGAUGCGUGUUACAAGGCUCACCAUAAACGAGUCGGAACACGUCAUUUUGGCUCUGGCGUCUCCCACAUCAGCCAGAUGACUUGCCGGGAACAUCGCGACAUUGAACGCACCAUGAUUGCCACUAUCGCUGGCGCGACAAAUGCAACCCCCGAUUUCGUUCAUGCUAUACGUGCCCUCACCGAGUUCUUUUAUCAGGCACAGAGCCCCGUGCACACCGACUCAUCCAUCGCUUCUAUGGUUCAGUCCCUCGACGAGUUUCAUCGCUUAAAACAAGGCAUCCUCGAUGCCGGUGCUCGGAGAGGCAAGCGUGGAACCAUCGACAACUUUCUCAUCCCAAAGUUGGAGUUGUUUCACAGCUUUGCUGGAUCUAUCAGAGCUCUCGGUGGUUUGAUACAGUACUCAGCAGACGUCAGCGAACGGCUGUUGAUUACUCACUGCAAGUUUCCAUUCGAAAGGACCAGCCGGCAAGCCAAGAGUUUUACUUUACAGGUUGUUCAAAUUCUCAAUCGCGACGAAACCAUGCAGCGUUUCAAUCUUUACACGCUCCUGCAGACGCAUGGCGCACCGCUCGUUAAUGCCAUUGCUGCUGAAGAUGAUAUCGUCGCAGAGACAGAUCCUACCUUGGCAUGGAUAGCCCGCACGCUCCCAAGUCAGCAGAAGCGCUUCCAUGGUCCACGUCCAGUCCGCAACCACUUCAUAACAGGACUUCUUUCUGCAGAAGCUACUGCUGCAUUCCAUGUCACGGUCGCACCUGAUCGAAAAUCAUUUACCGUCCCCGAUCUGCAGUACACCUACGCCCUUCCUGACUUUGCUGUGGCGCUCACUGAGUAUAUUAGUAAGUCAUCCCAGGGUGCCCCAACAACAUCGUGGACCUGUCGGGGAGGUUCGGUUAGGACGUGGAACAAGUUCCGCAUACAACUCCUCUCCAACUUCCAGUCACGAGUUGUCAUGCCAAGUCAAAUCGUCCAGUCGUAUCCGCCCUCAGAGGCAUUCCCUUUUGGGAAUUGUGACGCAGUUCUCGUACAAUUAACUGAGAGUAAUGACGUCUACAUCGCACAAGUGCGUUGCGUUUUCCAACCUACCGCCAAGAAAGGCCGUACUUUGCCUCGCUAUCUUGAAGCUGCACCUCUCUUAUACGUUCAAUACUUCCAGAUCAAAGCCACGCCUGCUGACGAGCCAAGCGUUGGGAUGUACAGGGUGAAACGAAUCUUUCAUCAGGAUGAGACAGGUCGGAUCUUCCGACCUGGCAGCAUCAUUCCACUGACGGCUGUUACUUGUGCCGUCGAGCUCGUCCCUGUGUAUGGUUCGAAGAUGAAUCGCACGAUAACUGCUGCAAACUCGUUAGAGGUCUGUGAUGAUUACUACCUGAAUAAAUUUUCAGACAAGGAGGUUUUCCAUACGAUGCACACAGAUCUAAUGUAGAUUUUUUGCGUAUUGCCUGUAGUACUAGUUCUGCAAUUCAUUAUCUGCACACCUGAUCAAGUUUAGAUAUGAUAAUCUUGCACCGCUUGUGUCAUUCAGUUGUCAUUCAGUUCCCCGUUCGCAUUUUGGCCUAGUUAGUUACUUAAUGCAACUCGUCCGAGACUAGGCCAAAUAGGGAUCGUUGAACGAUGCUUUCGCGACGGUUUCAGAUAUCAGAUG